GCUGCCGGGUCGGCGGUGUAAAGUCCAGACCGGCGCAGGUCAACAGGAAGACACGUUUGAACAGAUUUCCAACAUGUCUGAAGUGAGUAGCCAGCUGCCUGCAGACCCCAUCUCUGCAGUUGGAGUCGUCACGUCUCCCAAUAAGGCUCCCGAUGGCUAUUGUGUUGUUGCACAAACAACAGAUGGCUCUGACGCCGACCUGUGGAAGGACGCCUUAUUCAAAUCCAAGGUCAAUCGCUACCUCUGUUUCACCAGAAAAACUGAGCCAGAUGUUGUCGUGGACAUGAAGGUGACUGACAUUAAGGAGGCGUUGCCAGAGGGUUUCACACCUGUCCCGGAAACAUUGGACACCAAGGAAACUGCCAUGAGGAAGAGGAGGCUCUGUGUGAGAAUGAGCCCUCGCACAGCUGCACAGACAGCUGUAUACGAUAUCCAGAUCAUCGCAAAGUCCAAGUACCAUCUUGUUGACUACACGUGUAUAGGUGAGAUUAACAAUCUGGGGAUAUGGUAUCGAACCGGAGAUGUUCCUCAGCAUCGGUCGUCCCAGGAGACGCCCGUCGCCGCCAACACAGAUGUCCCGUCCAACACAGCCAGCUCUCGACGACGUGCCCUUUGCGGUCUCCGAGCAGUUUCACGGCGACGCGAAGCAGAUACAGCAAGUCAAUUUAAUGGGCAUUACGAUCAAAUCCCUGGCAGAGAUCGAGGAGGAAUUUCACUACAACUUCAUCACAGAGCUGAGCAUCGCGCUGUAACGUUCCUGCACGACUGUCGACGUGAGCCACAACCAAGGGAUGAAGGGAUCACUUUUAAAAGAAUGAAUACACCAACAAUACAAGUGAUUUUAUUAUUCUGUAUUAUUUAUACAGAAAAAACAAUGGUUUUAUGUAACAUUCUAUACAGGUUAUAACAUUAAUUUGAAUAAAUGUUGUAAUUCA